CCCCGCUCCUCCCUGCUGGUUCCUCGCGUCGUGGUCGUCCAGCCCCUCGAAUUCGCCUCGCAGAUGUCCAGUGCCGUGGCGUCUCGCGAUACCGUGCUGCUAUAAGCUCGAUCUGUGUUCUGCCUUCCAUGAACCCAAAGGAUCUUCUGCGGUACCUGUCUAAGCCUGCGAACAGAUUCUCUCGUCUGCUAGACCCGAUACUUUUGCCGGUAUCGGUAUCUUCAGAGCGAGGGUCACCAGCCGAUAGCCACCAUUCCCUUUUCCAGAGGCUUUUUCCUCCUCUCCCUCUCCUUCCGCCCUCCCUAGCAGCCCUUCAGGCUCCUACCGAACUAUCCUCUUUGGCUGAGUGCCAAUUCCACACUAGAUAAAGGGCCUACUCUCUCAGACGGACACAGCCCCCCCUGUUCGUCUGGGCAGCAGAUAGUGCUUCCUAGGCU